AGCAUGACUGCUCUGAAGUGAAUAGAGCGAGUGAGAAAGCGAAACCUCAACACAAAGUCCAACGAAGCCUUGGGCGCCAAAUCACCGCAGUCGCAAGUGCUGCAUCCUGUGCACAAUGAAUUCAAACAAUGGCACAGACACAUCAUCAGAACUCCCUGCCAAAGAUGGACUACCUUUCCAACCACGUCUCACGCCCGCAUUCGGCUUGGGUGGAGCCAUACUCCUCCUUACUGGUCUAGCAUAUGCAGUUCUCAGUAUCAGGAUCAAGAGGUUAUUUCUGUCCUCGAAUCCAUAUGAUUGCCUGCUGACCAAGUACCACAGACUCCAUGCGUCCCUUAGUUGUGCCCUAUUUGUCAGUCUCUGUGUGACUGUGCUUGUUAUCUUUGCCAGGCCUGAAUACGCCCAUAGGAUCGAUGAUGCUACCCAAGGUGGGUACCUGGUCGCAAUCAUCUUGCCUAGCAUCCUCCUGGCGUUUCUCUCCCAGAAAUAUUGCGUAACGGUCUCUCGAAUACUCGGAUGCUUCUUGGGCGGAUUCUGCUUUUGUAUGUGGCUAGAGGUUCUGAGCCCAGGAGGUGUCAUUUCAUCGUCGAACGGACUCGCAAUUCUCAUCAUGAUCACCUCCGUUGCUGGCUGUGUGCCUUUAUACUUUCAGAAGACAAGAGACCCGGCAUUAAUCAUCUCAUCGGCAUUUUCUGGCGCGACAGCAUUGGUUUUAGGUAUUGACUGCUUCAGUCGUGCCGGUCUCAAAGAAUUCUGGGUGUACACAUGGCACCUCCACAGGGACGAGAUUUUCGGCUACGAAAUUCCCCCCUACCCCAUGACCAGGCUUAUCAAGGUCGAGAUUGGCCUCGUUCCCGUUCUGUUUCUCCUGGGAUUGUUGUCUCAAAUCAAGUUUUACAUCCCGAUCCGAGCACGAAAGCAGCGGGAAGCGAUAGAAGCCGCCCAAUUGCGAGAGAUCGAAGAGCAACGAGAUGCAGAGACCAGCAGGGAAUUUCACACGAAGAACCAGAAAAGGCUCAACGACUGGGAGAAGAGACAUGCGGAAAAGAAGAAGCCCGGUGUUGAGCUGACCCAAAUCUCGCCGGUCUCGCCUCUCAAACAGUCUCGAAGAGCGAGAGCAUUCGCAAAGAUCACUCCUAAGUCUCUUACCCGUACUAGGGGAGUAACUACUGAGAUGCAACAACGCGACGACGAGAUUCUGCCUGUUGAAGCAUCUAGAGAUGACCCGGACGCCGUCGUGCAACCACAACAUCCAUCAUCUCCACACGGCUUCCGUAGCUUGCGACCAAAGUCAUUCCCACCACCACCUAUCGUCUCUCAGUCAGACGGGGAAUCUCGGUCGUCUUCGGAUGGGAUAGAUUACGUGAACGUGGGUUCAGAGAGUCCCCGACUGCCUUAUUUUGGAGACCGGGUGAGUUCUUUGGGCUUGCCUCUGGACUUGGAGGACGCUGAGGUAAAUAUGGCAUCGGAGCUGCCCGACUUUGAGAAUGGAGCGUCAGCCGCUUCUCAAAGAUCGCGAAAGGACGAAGAUCCCGAGCCUGCCGUCACCCAAGUGUUCGCACAGAACUCAGGCUUUGAGCAAGAUGCUUUACAGAAUUCACAUGCUGGUCAAGCAGAUGUAAGCAAACAGCCUCUGAAUCAAGAAAUGAUUGCCGAGGUGCCUCAGGAUUCAACGAACGUACCCCAAGGGUUAGGAGCAACUGAUAGUACUGGUUCUCUCGGCCGUGCCGUCUUCUCUAAACUUUCCGCUAUGGAGGCACAGAAAGAAGGAGACAUCAUGGAGAGAACAAGUGAGUGGAGGAAGACAUUGGCGCUUGCCCAACGCGCAUCUUUGUCAACGAUAGGCGACGAGCCAAGUUUAUGGUUUGGCUUUGAAGGCACACAUGCGGCAGAAAUCGAUGCCGAACAACUUGACGGACAAGGCUUAGUGAUCUCAAAUCAACCACAACACGUUCUAGCUAGGACAGGUGCUCGCAAGAGACCCAAGUCUCAGCGUGCCUCGAUCGUAGAUGACACACCAGCUAUCCUACCUACAGCAAUAGAGUCCGCACGCGUACGUGAGCGCAACUCCACGCUCCCAAUGCUGGAAACCGGAAGCAGCCUACUGGAUCGCCUUACCACGACAUCCACCCAAAAGACUCGAGUCUCAGCUCUCGUGGCCGAUGUACAUGUUGCCCAAGAAGAGAGUGGCGUCGAAAGGAGAUUCUCCAAACUCCCUAAGGAGCUGGCGCGACAGAGCCCCGACUCUGAUGACAUGACAUUAGCACAGAAGCGAAAGAGCCUUAUUGACGCAAGGAGGAUGAGUGCAAGUCAAGUCUCGACGGAAAUGUCCUACGCACCUCGGGCAUCGAGCAGUAUGGAUUGUCAAUCUCCAGCUCACACGACAGCAAGAACUACACCAGCUACAUCUUCACCGUCCCGUCCUUAUGCUCAGCCGGUCUUUGCAAAGGUCGCUCAUCCACUACGAGGAGCUUACCCUAUGCCACCAUGUGAACCCUUCCACCCUCUGACCAGUGCAGCAAAAGGCACACAAUGGAGAGAGUCCAUCGGACCAUCCACUUACGACGGCAUGAUGAACCAUGCCUAUCUCGAAGAUAAGCCAGCCCCAGCAAUCCAAAAGAACGGUAUCCGCUCUCCACCCGUACCGCGGAGACAGUCUGUUCCCGUCCACGGCGCAUCAGUAAAGACAUUGUUCAACCAAAUCGAACAGGCAGAAGUAGAGAGACAUCGGGGCACGGACCCUAUAAGCGCUACACAGAUGAAGACUUCGGCAGACGCGGCAAGGGAUAGAAGCAAACUUGAAAAGAGACGCAGAUCUAUGCAAGCUACUGAGAUGAUGAUGGGGCCAAGGGGUCAGGAGAUCCAUCAAGCACAUAUGAGGAAGAUGCAGAGGCAGGCUCAAGUCUGACGAAGCUGAUUGAAGGAUUGGAAUGAGAUGGAGAUAACGGAAGAAGUUCAUUUACAGGGGGCUUCUCGUCGCAGACUCGUCGCAGACGAUCAUGUUGCUUCUUCAAUUGCUUUGAUAUAUUUCCUUUGUGUUGGUAUGGGCAAGGUAGUAUCUUAGGAUUCUGGGAGCCAUGAACACUAUGAGCGAUGAUGCACGAGGUUACGAGAAAUUAGCACACGGGUACACUCUUUAAUGACUUCCGAUACUAGGAGUCUCCCAACUUCACUUUUUUAUCAGGCAAAAUGACAUACAC